AUGCAAGUCAAAAUGAAGUUGACGCACCUGUUGCUGGUUUCAUUAUCCUGCAUAAUCUGCUUUGGACGACAUGCCAAGGGAGCCAGAAUAUUGGGAAUGUUCCCUUUGCAAGGAAAGAGUCAUUUUGCAAUGUUUAAAGAGGUGCUAAAGAGUCUUGCCAAUGCCGGACACCAGGUUGAUGUUGUUAGCCAUUUUCCGCUAGAGAAUGCACCUCCGAAUUACACUAACAUAAUCAGUUUAAGAGGUACAGGUAUAGUAGUACACAACAGUAUGACAUAUGAAUUAUUGCAAAGUAUUAGCAGUGCAUCUAUGCAAAUUGUGAUUAAAUUGGCUGGAAACGACGUUUGUGAAUCACUUGGAAAACCUGAAAUGCAGAAUUUAAUAAAGAAUCCUCCUACUGAUCCACCGUACGAUUUAGUCAUUACAGAGUUAUUCUUCGCGAGCUGCUACUUUGCCUUUGGAAGGCAUUUGAAAGUUCCGGUGAUCGGUUUGUCCUCUGCGACGAUAAUGCCUCAGGCCAACGCACCACUUGGCAACCCCUUGAACACAGCCAUCGUAUCCGAGAUCUCGGACCGCCCGGCUUCGCACAUGAACUUCAGGCAGCGACUCACAAACACGUUAACCACCGUGUACGUGAAUUUGCAAUCUAGAUAUUACAUGAAAGCACAGAACGACAUGGUCAAGAAGUACUUCGGGCCAGACAUGCCUGACGUUGAAGAGCUUGAAAGGGACAUGUCCCUACUUCUGGUCAACACCCACCCCAUUUUUCACGGUAUCAGACCGUUGACCCCGGCUGUUGUAGAGGUCCCAGGUCUGCAUAUCCAUGAUGAACAUUCAACAAUGCCUGUGCAUCUGAUGAAAUGGUUGGACGACAGUAGCGAUGGCUUCAUCUACUUUUCGUUCGGAUCAAUGAUUCAGUUCGAAUCGUUUCCAAGUGCGGACGUGGUCGAAAUAUACGCAGCAUUUGCCAAGGUCGCACCACUCCGUGUUCUGCUAAAAGUGGCGGACCCUGAUAAAUUACCACCGGGAUGCCCCGAUAAUGUACUGCAUCUUCCGUGGGUUCCGCAAGUCCAAGUUUUGAAGCAUGAAAAUAUAAGAGGUUUCAUAACACACGGUGGUUUGAUGGGACUGCAAGAAGCAGUGGCCUACGCUGUACCAUUGAUCGGCAUUCCUCUAUUCGGCGAUCAAAUGAGUAACAUAAAUAUUUGCGUGGAGAGAGGAAUCGCCGUACGUUUGAAUUACAAGGAUUUGAAGGCAGAUGAGAUUGUUGCAGCCAUAAAGACUGUUACCCAGGACCCUAAGUAUAAGAAGAAUAUGGAUGCAGCAUCGAAGCAAUUUCUGGACCGACCAAAGUCACCGCACGACACGGCUGUUUUUUGGAUUGAGUAUAUCUUGAAACAUGGGGCAGAUUCCUUACGAUCACCAGCGAUUAAGUUGACGUGGUGGCAAGUUGCCCUGCUUGACGUUUACGGAAGCGUACUAGCUGCGCUUUUGCUCGUUCUAUAUGCUUUUAAGAUUAUUUUCUCCUGUAUUGUAAGGCGUGCUUUUGGAACGGGUAAAACGUCACCAUUAGCGAAGAAAACUAACUGAUAUGUGAAAAUCAUCUGAAUCUUUCGAUUCAUCCGGUUGUAAAUUUUCGCGCGAACAUCAUUAAAACCAGACCAAAUUGAA